AUGACAGGAUCUGUAGAGUUUGAAGGACUGGUGAAGAAAUUCGAAAAGAUGAUUAACGACCGCAAGAUACCGUCUCUUAAGAACCAAGAGGUCUUUAACGACAUUUGCAAAAACCUAAUAAUAUCACAAUCCAAACCUUUACUGGAAUUUAUCGAUAUACUGCUAGAAAAACUGAUGUACCCCCGAAAGUCGAAGUCUUUGAUUCAUCUUCUGACAUUACAGGAUCCCGACAUUCAAAGAGAAGUGGAUUAUAAAAUUUUUGAUCUUGGCCAUCCAAGGAUAUUAGAGAUAAUAUUGAUCAGACAGAAAAUCGUUGAAAUAAAAGCAACAGGGAAUGAAGCAUGGAAAUCAUCAGAAUUUACACCAAAGCUACUGCGAAAGCUGAACCAAAUUUACCUAUUGAUUGUGAACCUUUUGCAAGUGCUUAGUGACCAUAUUGAAGUUCCUUCUCACUCCAAUUUCUACAGGCAAAUUGUCACCGAGAGCAUAUCUGAUUUUCAGACCGCUUUUGAGACCUUCAAUUCACUCAACUUUAUCUUUCAAGCGCUCUUGAGAAGUGUAGAAAAAUUUGGAAUAUCUGAUGAAAGGAUCUUUCACGUUGACGGAAACCUGUUGUCCAAGAUAAAAACAUUCUCAGACGACAAUCUGAUCUGGUAUGAAAGCCUGAUGAUAGAAUCCAUAGCUGUGAGGGAAUACCUGCUGGUUGAAAAGAAGAUUUACGAAAACGAACACAAUGAUCAAAUGGAUGAGGUCAGUGCAUUGGCUAUAAAGGCAAUUUACAGUCCGAAGUUCGAACAAUUCCUCGCCAAAAGAAAGGCAAGACUAAACAUUAGCAAUCGCAGAAUUUUCUAA